AUGAACGACUUCUCAACUUGGUCCUCGAGCUUUGAUGAAGACAUGAUGAAGGUGCUUUUCCAGUUCUUUGACCCGUUGCACCAUUACUUUACCUUCCCCGAUAACCAGCCUGUACCAACUAUGGAAGAGUUCUCUCAGCUCUUGGGAAUUCCUAUCCUCGAUCAAAUACCUUUCAACAGUACCGAAAGAGACCCAAGCCCUGAAGAGGUUUCCCGAGCUUUACACUUGCAACAAUCCAACGUCACGGCUAAUUGGGAAACAAGAAGUGGUGUCAAAGGAUUCUUAGCCAAGUUCUUACUAGAAAAGCUCAAGAUUGUUGGAACAACCUGGAUUUACAAGCUUUCGAAGAAAUUUUGGCUCUUCUCAUCUAUGGGUUGGUACUAUUUCCAAAUUCUGACCAACUUAUAG